CAUGAAGAGUGGUAGCAUGCCGGUCUUUUUCUCUUUAAAUUCCGUACGACUUUGUGUUGAAACGUUCAUGAUACGCGCACCCGGCAGCGCGUUCACAACCCUUUGAUUUAGGGAAACUGCUGUCUACUCUCUCUUCAGCCUGUUAAUCAUUGACUCCUGCCACCGCAAACCACCGUACUCCACCACCUCACUCAAUCACACAGUCACUUCAAUUUUAUAAAAUCUCUAGAUUACAUCACCGUUUUAGAGAGAGAGAGCGCUUCCGUAUUUGUCUGCCGGUUCGUAUUUCUCGCUACCUUCCGACGGUUUGGAGAGAGAAAGCUGGAGAUGCAACAUCGUUUUUAGAGAGAGAAACUGCGGAUACUGAACCUCAGAGAUAGAUACAGCUUCCGUAUUCGUAUUUCUGCCUACUUACCGACUGUUUAGAGAGACAAAUCUGGAGAUACUGUAGCCGGAGAUACCGAGCCUUAGAGAGAGAGAGAGACAUCUUCAGUGUUCGUCCGCCGGUUCGUAUAUACUUUCCGACGGUGAGGAGAGAGAGAGAGAAUUUGAGUUUCAUUUGCAUUUGCAUUCGUAUUCCGAUGUAUUGAAGAUUUGAUUCUACUAGGUCUGAAUCUGUUUAACCUAGGGUUAAUUUGAAUCCGUUCUGAUUGAAAUUGAAGUGCUGAGGCUGACAGUUAUGCAAAUCUGUGAAGUUCGAGUUUUAGGUUUCUGAUCUGAAUACUUGUUGGUGAAAGAUGGAUGUGGAUUCGUCAAUGGUGUCGUCUCCGUCGCCGGAGGUUAAUGAUAGUAACAGUAACGAUGUAAGUACUAAUGGUGGUGAGCUGGAGGAGCGGCCGGGAGGUCAGGUGCAGCAGACAAGUACAGGUCUGGUAGGUGGGCCGAGGCUUGCGCCUACUUACUCUGUGGUGAAUGCUAUAUUAGAGAAGAAGGAGGAUGGUCCUGGACCGAGGUGUGGGCAUACUUUGACUGCAGUGGCUGCGGUUGGGGAGGAAGGGACCCCGGGUUAUAUCGGUCCCAGGCUUAUACUGUUUGGUGGUGCAACUGCUCUUGAGGGUAACUCUGCUAAUGCCGGAACUCAAACCUCUGCGGGCGGCGGAAUUCGUUUAUCAGGUGCUACUGCUGAUGUGCAUUGUUAUGACGUAUUGACAAAUAAAUGGUCUAGAAUAACUCCUUUUGGAGAACCACCUACGCCAAGGGCAGCUCAUGUGGCGACUGCUGUAGGUACCAUGGUGGUUAUUCAGGGUGGCAUUGGUCCAGCUGGCUUAUCUGCCGAGGAUCUUCAUGUUCUUGACCUUACACAACAACGGCCCCGAUGGCAUAGAGUGGUGGUCCAAGGCCCAGGCCCAGGCCCAAGAUACGGGCACGUCAUGGCUUUAGUGGGGCAACGAUAUCUUAUGGCAAUUGGUGGAAAUGAUGGGAAGCGACCUCUUGCUGAUGUAUGGGCGUUGGAUACAGCUGCUAAGCCGUACGAAUGGCGGAAAUUGGAACCAGAGGGAGAAGGUCCACCACCAUGCAUGUAUGCCACUGCAAGUGCACGCUCUGAUGGUCUUCUAUUGCUUUGUGGGGGACGAGAUGCAAACAGUGUGCCUCUGGCAAGUGCUUAUGGACUUGCAAAGCAUAGAGAUGGUCGCUGGGAAUGGGCAAUUGCUCCUGGUGUCUCACCAUCUCCCCGUUAUCAACAUGCAGCGGUUUUUGUUAAUGCGCGGCUCCAUGUUUCUGGGGGUGCCCUUGGUGGUGGACGCAUGGUGGAGGACUCAUCAAGUGUAGCAGUUCUGGAUACUGCAGCAGGAGUGUGGUGUGAUACGAAAUCGGUUGUCACGACUCCACGGACAGGUAGAUAUAGUGCUGAUGCUGCUGGUGGAGAUGCUGCGGUCGAAUUGACAAGACGCUGUAGGCAUGCUGCUGCUGCUUUUGGUGAUUUGAUAUUUAUUUAUGGCGGUCUACGUGGAGGGGUGUUGCUAGAUGAUCUUCUAGUUGCUGAAGAUCUUGCUGCUGUUGAAAUGACCUCUGCAGCAUCACAAGCUGCAGCAGCUGCUGCUGCAUCAAAUGCACAGUCAGCAAGGUUACCAGGAAGGUACGGUUUUGCUGAUGACAGAACAAGACAGACAACCGAAGCACCUUCUGAUGGCUCGGUUGUACUCGGUAAUCCUGUUGCUCCACCUGUAAAUGGUGACAUGUAUACAGAUAUUAGCACUGAAAACGCCAUGUUUCAAGGCUCACGCAGGAGACUGAGCAAAGGAGUUGAAUAUUUGGUUGAGGCGUCAGCAGCAGAAGCCGAGGCUAUUGCUGCAACCCUAGCUGCUGCAAAAGCACGACAGUCAAACGGAGAAGUUGAAUCGCCAGAUAGGGAUCGUGGAGCAGAGGCUACUCCUAGUGGGAAACAGAACAACCCGGAUGCUGACGUGGCAAAUAAUUCCGCUCCAACUGGAGUGCGAUUGCAUCACCGAGCUGUGGUAAUAGCUGCAGAAACCGGUGGAGCGUUAGGUGGUAUGGUCAGACAGCUAUCCAUAGAUCAGUUCGAGAACGAGGGAAGACGGGUCGGUUACGGAACUCCUGAAAACGCAACUGCAGCAAGGAAACUUCUAGAUCGACAAAUGUCUGUUAACAGUGUGCCCAAAAAGGUGAUAGCUCGUUUAUUGAAGCCUCGUGGGUGGAAGCCGCCUGUUCGUCGCCAGUUUUUUCUUGAUUGCAGUGAAAUUGCUGAUCUUUGUGAUUGUUCUGAACGAUUAUUUUCAAGUGAACCUACCGUUCUGCAAUUAAGGGCUCCUGUAAAGAUAUUUGGUGAUUUGCAUGGCCAAUUUGGUGACCUUAUGAGACUUUUUGAUGAGUAUGGGUCCCCAUCAACUGCUGGAGACAUUGCAUAUAUCGAUUAUCUCUUCUUAGGAGAUUAUGUUGAUCGAGGUCAACACAGCUUGGAAACUAUCUGUCUUCUCUUAGCGUUAAAGGUCGAGUAUCCACACAAUGUACAUUUAAUUCGAGGGAAUCAUGAAGCUGCCGAUAUUAAUGCUCUUUUUGGCUUCCGAAUUGAGUGUAUCGAGCGCAUGGGUGAGAGAGAUGGAAUUUGGGUAUGGCAGCGGAUAAACAGAUUAUUCAAUUGGUUGCCACUCGCGGCUCGAAUUGAAAAAAAGAUUCUCUGUAUGCACGGUGGUAUUGGACGAUCAAUCAACCAUGUUGACCAGAUCGAAAAUCUUCAGCGACCAAUUACAAUGGAAGCUGGUUCUAUAGUUCUUAUGGAUUUGCUGUGGUCUGACCCAACGGAAAAUGACAGCGUGGAAGGCUUAAGACCAAACGCCAGAGGUCCCGGGUUGGUUACUUUUGGGCCUGAUCGCGUGAUGGAGUUCUGUAACAACAAUGAUCUACAACUCAUUGUACGUGCACACGAAUGUGUAAUGGAUGGCUUUGAGCGUUUUGCUCAGGGACAUUUAAUUACCCUUUUUUCAGCCACUAAUUAUUGUGGGACUGCAAAUAACGCGGGUGCAAUAUUAGUACUGGGUCGAGAUCUUGUAGUAGUUCCAAAACUUAUUCAUCCACUACCGCCUGCAGUUUCAUCACCCGAAACAACUUCCCCCGAACGACAUAUAGAAGAUACAUGGAUGCAGGAGCUUAAUGCAAACCGACCGCCAACACCAACUAGGGGUCGACCACAAGUAACCAAUGAACGAGGCUCUCUUGCAUGGAUGUAAACUCUCUUCAAAAUUAUACGAGUCAUACGCACUAGCCCUCCUGGGAACGUGAUGCACAUGUGGGCCCACAAUUAGUGAAAUGAACCGAUGCCACAUGGAACGCGGUUAUUGUGAUUGACAAAGGAGAUCAGGUUAUCGGUUUGUGGGAUGGUGGUGAUGCUUUCGUCGAAUGAUUUUUGAUGAUAGAGAUAGGUGUGUUGUAAUAUUGGUUUUUUGUUUAUUUUUCUGAAAAUUAGAAUGAGUUAUAAACUAAAAAGAAGUGAAAUAUGAGGUGAUCAUUGUGUGUAAGUUGGUGUUUUGUGGGUUUUUGUUGGAUGAUGUAACAUUUGUUUGAAGAUAAUGAAGCUUCUUUGGUGACAACAAUUUAA